AUGAAAUUUUUAGUUUUAGUUUUAUUAGCUUUAUUGUCAAUCAGCUUCGCUUCUGCAAGUCAUCCAAAUUACCAAUGUGGUAUAUAUCAAUGUGCACCAGGACAUUCAUGUGUAUGUGAUGCAGGUGUUUAUAGAUGUGUUUAUCAUUGUAAUGAAUUAACAAUUAUCCAAACUAUAACAAACAGUUGGUCCGAUAAUAAUGGCAAAGAAUUUAAGACACAAGUUUCUGUUGACAUCAUUAACAACACUAAAAGAACUGUUAAAGAUGUAAUUAUUGCAACUGAUGCUGAUUUAGCUUUUAACCAAAUUUGGGGAGUAAAUAAAAACGGUUACCUUUUGGAUUUACCAAAUUAUGCAACAAUUGCUCCAGGUGCUAAAUACACUUUUGGUUACAUUAACAAUGGUAAAACUGUUGCCCAUCUUUAUGUUGGUAACGUUUACCUCAUCUAA